CAACUCAAGUUGCCACGCCAUUUCUACCCCUUCUCGGAUCAUCGUCUCCGCGAAAAAGCUCGAACCUUUUUAGGUAAAAUUCCACAAACCCUAACCCUAGAAAGCCACCUCUGGGUCUCCUCCUUUAACCCUCGGUCCACUCGCUCGCACGGGGUUGCGGAAGAGAGAGGGAUUUACGCGCCAUGGCGAGCACCGUCGACGCGGCGGGGGAGCCGAUCCCGACCUCGUCGGUUCUCAUGGCGGCGUCGAAGCACAUCGCCGUGAAGUGUCGCUCCGAGAACGUCGACUUCAUCAAUUGCAAGAAGAAGGAUCCCAACCCGGAGAAAUGCCUCGACAAGGGUCGCCAGGUCACGCGAUGCGUCCUAAACCUGCUGAAAGAGCUUCACCAGAAGUGCCCCAAGGAGAUGGAUGCUUAUGCAGGAUGCAUGUACUACUACACUAACGAGUUCGACUUGUGCCGCAAAGAGCAGCAAGCAUUUGAGAGCGCUUGCCCGGUAUCCGAGUAGUCCUGCUUUAUUUCUUCAGAUGAUCUUUAACAAUAAGUUAUGAGGAAACCAUUCGUGACUCCCCAUUCUCUUGUAUUCUCUCGUAGCAUUGUCUUGUGGAUGAAGAAAAAUACAUUUUCAGGGGGUUUCAGCCCGAGUUCUUUGUUUUGCAAGCAGUUCAUCAACUGUACAACUUUUGCUUCUUUUCCGAUAUUUUAUUCCAACACACUGCAGUCAUAUUUUA